GAGAGAGAGCGCUCUGGGGACUGAGUAGCUGUAGGGAGCAAUCAGUCUUGACUCUUGAGAGACUCUCCUCUUCAGCUUCCAAUUUUCCAUCAUGGGCUCUUCCAAAACUGCGAGCGACGGUGUUCUCUUGCCUGAACGACGCCGUGUGGGGUUGUUGUACGACGAGAGAAUGUGCAAGCACUUUGACGCCACAGACCAUCCUGAGAACCCCAAUCGCAUCCUUGCCAUUUGGAACAAGCUCGAAUCCUUUGGCAUCCAUCAAAGAUGUGUUAUUUUGAAUGCAAAGGAAGCAGAAGAUAAACAUAUAGCUUUGGUUCACACCAAAAGUCACGUUGAUUUCAUUAAGAAUAUAAGUUCUCAAAAGUUCGGUUCAAAAUGGGAUAGGAUUGCUGCAAGAUUCAAUUCUAUUUAUUUCAAUGAGGGAUCAUCUGAAGCUGCCUAUCUUGCUGCUGGCUCUGUUGUAGAGGUGGCUGAGAAAGUUGCCAAAGGAGAACUAGAUUCUGCAUUUGCUAUUGUUAGGCCUCCUGGGCAUCAUGCAGAAGCAAAUGAACCGAUGGGAUUUUGUCUGUACAACAAUGUUGCUAUUGCAACUAGUUUUCUCUUGAAUGAAAGAACAGAGCUGGGCAUCAAAAAAAUUCUGGUUGUUGAUUGGGAUGUUCAUCAUGGAAAUGGUACUCAAAAGAUGUUCUAUAAGGAUUCUCGAGUACUAUUCUUUUCUGUGCACAGGCAUGAAUUUGGGUGUUUCUAUCCUGGUGGUGAUGACGGAUCGUAUGUAAUGAUUGGGGAGGGACCAGGUGCUGGAUAUAAUAUAAAUGUUCCUUGGGAGAAUCGUAGCUGUGGUGAUGCAGACUAUCUUGCUGUUUGGGACCAUAUACUAAUUCCUGUUGCCAAGGCAUUUGACCCUGACAUGGUUAUUAUUUCUGCUGGUUUUGAUGCAGCCGUUAAUGAUCCUCUAGGCGGCUGCUGCGUUAGUCCAUAUGGGUAUUCCAUCAUGUUGAGCAAGUUAAUGGAGUUUGCCGAGGGUAAGAUUGUCAUGGCACUGGAAGGAGGAUACAACCUUAAAUCUUUAGCAAAUUCAGCUCUAGCUUGUGUCCAAGUGUUGCUAGGUGACAAGCCAAUAGUCAGAUCUUUGCAGGCAGAUCCAUUUGAAUCAACAUGGCGAGUGCUAGAAGCGGUUCGUGAAGCAUUAAGUGCAUUUUGGCCGAUCUUCGCUAAGAAGUUACCUGAGGAAUUAACCAGUAAGAGGACAUCUCUAAUCCUGAUCCCUUGUUCUGAUUCUGAAGAUGAAUAUGACAAUGGUCCUAAUACAACAUCAGAAGAUUAUGAGGCAGCUAUUGAGCAUGUUAUAGAACCACUCCAGAAUUUGGAAGUUGAUGAUGGUCAUUGUACUGAACUUACAAAUGGCCCUAAUACAACAUCAGAAGAUUAUGAGGUAGCAAUUGAGCAUGUUAUAGAACCACUUCAGAAUUUGAAAGUUGAAAAUGGUCAUGAUCAAACUAUAGCUUUUUCUUCCAGCUGGAGAUCAGAACUUUCUAAGAUAGAUAUCUGGUAUGCUACUUAUGGAUCAAAUAUGAGAGAAUCAAGGUUCCUUUGCUAUAUUGAAGGUGGACAGGUGGAAGGAAUGCAGAAGCAAUGUGUUGGUUCAGUGGACAAAAGCCCACCCAAAGAGAGUUGUUGGAGGACUUUCCCUCAUCGUUUGUUCUUUGCUCGUGACUAUACUGCUACUUGGGGUCCUGGAGGGGUUGCUUUUCUUCAUCCUGAAAGUAACAGUGAAGAUAAAGCUUACCUGCGCUUGUACAGGAUAACACUUGAGCAGUUCAAUGACGUCUUGGUUCAGGAGAAUAUCCUAAGCUCCAGAACAGGUCCAUUGUUUGGUUUGAAAGACCUACAAUCUAUUGAAGACAAAAAGUGCAUAUCUAUAGAGGCUAUUAAGAAAGGCUGGUAUCACAAUGUCCUUUACUUGGGUAAGGAGGACGACUUACCAGUUAUAACAAUGACGUGCACCCUCUAUAGUGUAGACAAUUUCAAAUCUGGGAAGUUUCCGAUGUGUGCUCCAGGCAGAGGCUAUGCCAACACCUUGAUUAAGGGACUUGUAGAAGGAAACAGGCUCUCUAAUGAGGAAGCUGUGGCUUACAUAGAGGAAGCAUCUACCAAGAAAUUGUGAAUUCUACAUCCUUGUUUUUGUUUGUACAGUCUUACGGCUAUUCUGCAUGCGAAGCCCUUUACUAGCGACGCCCCAUGGCUUCCAAUGAUUAUUGUUCACAAUGGAACCAGGCAAAUUAAGCCAUGUACCAUUAUUAUGCUUGGGAGCAGUUAAUCAUGUUUAUAUGGCUGUUCUGUAGAUGCAAGUUUGAAUGACAAAUUCUGUGCUCGAAGAAAACUUUCUUAAUCUCUCUCUCAUCUCUCUGAGGCAUGCUCUCCUUUGAUUUGUGUUCUUGCAUUCUCUUCUCGCAGCAGAUUUGCUUCUGGCUAAGAGUUUUAAAUAGCACAAAAUCUCACUUGGAUAGUAUUUGUAUCACAUUUGGUUUCUGUAUUCCAGCAAUUUUUCGUUUUAUUA